AUGAACGCGCAACGACGUCGGCAAAUACGUUCUAUUCUACGCAAAAUACUAACUGUAGUUAUGGAACAAAUAGAAGACGAGAUUUCAUUCGAAAUAAAUAAACCGAAACAAAUCUUUAAAAAGAUUAGUCGCAGAUCCAUGCUUGGAGGAAGUUCUUUGUUGCUAAAAGAACUGGCUAUUGAAGAUCUUAAAGAAUAUCGCGAUUCGAUGAGAAUGACAGAAGAAUCCUUCAAUUGGUUACUAAACAAAGUAAGGCCUGCUAUAGAAAAAAAUGAUACUCACAUGAGGAGUGCAAUACCGGCCAAAAUAAAACUCCAAGCUAUUAUUUAUAUGCUUGCAACAGGAAAUAAUUUGAGGACCCUAUCUCAUUUUUUCAGAAUAUCUAAAUCUAGCCUUUCGUUAAUGAUUCCUGUAAUUUGUGAUGCCAUCUACAAUGCUUUGGAGGAAUUUAUACAGGUACCAAGAAACUCUGAAGAGUGGGAGGCAAUUGCAAAUGGCUUUAGAAAAUCUUGGAACUUUCCUGGGUGUUGUGGAGCAAUUGACGGCAAGCACGUUGUCAUUAAAGCUCCAUUUGAAGCAGGAAGCUAUUUCUAUAAUUUUAAGCAACAGAAUAGCCUUGUAUUAAUGGCUUUGGUAGAUGACAACUAUUGUUUUUCAUAUAUCGAUAUCGGGUACAAUGGUCGAAUAUCCGAUGGAGGAGUUUCCCGAAACUGCAACUUAAGUGAUGUUUUGGAAAAUGGCUUGCUACCAGAACAUCAUGUUAUAGUUGGAGAUGCUGCCUUCACUCUGAAGCCUUAUUUAAUGAAGCCAUUCGGAGGACAAAAUUUAACACAAAGAGAAAAAAAAAUUAAUUACCGGUUGUCUCGUGCUAGACGUAUUGUUGAAAACGCUUUCGGGAUAUUAGUAAGUAGAUUUCAAAUAUUGGGAAAACCACUGCCUUAUUGCCCAAACACUGUUGAUAAAAUUGUAAAAGCUUGUUGUGCUUUACACAACUGGCUCAGAAUCAAAAGUUCGAUAUUAGAACAUACAAUGGACUUUGAAGACACUGAGAACGAACAUUUUGUAGAAGGGAGCUGGAGACAGUUACCUUCAGAGGGACUUGUGCCAAUACCUAGACACAUGUACAACCAUUCGUCGCAAAACGUAGGUCAGAUCAGAGAAAAGUUUGCAGACUAUUUUAUGGGCGAAGGAUCUGUCUCCUGGCAGGCACGAAUGGUACAUUAA